UAUACGUUCUCCUCAGAUCUCAAAGCCUUUGAAAGAAGACUUACUGAAUAUAUUGCAUGUUUACAACCAGCUACAGGACGUUGGAGAAUGAUUCUGAUAGUGGUAUCCGUCUGCACGGCAACUGGUGCUUGGAACUGGUUAAUAGACCCUGAGACGCAAAAGGUGUCAUUUUUCACAUCACUUUGGAACCAUCCGUUUUUCACAAUUAGCUGUAUUACCCUAAUAGGCUUGUUCUUUGCUGGAAUACAUAAAAGAGUGGUGGCACCAUCAAUUAUAGCAGCCCGAUGUCGAACUGUUUUGGCAGAAUAUAACAUGUCCUGUGAUGAUACUGGAAAACUAAUUCUGAAACCUAGGCCUCAUGUUCAAUAAGGGCCAUCUUCCUUCAGUUUUUUCCACUGCCAUGGAAACCAAAAAUGACCUUUUUUUCCAGGUAGUAUGACAGCAAAAACCAAACAGGACUGGUUGUCAUUGCCUAGGAGCAAAAGUCUUAUACAGUUGACAGUGAAAGUGUGCAAUAUUACUUUCUUGAAUAUUUAUCCAAAUUCUUUGUUACCAUAUUAUCAGUGCUCUUGCUACUUCUGAUUACCUCUUUUUUCAGUGUUAGUGUCACUUUUUUACUUCAGCUAGAACAAAGCAUGCAGGUGAAGUAUGUUAACUGGUUAGAAAGUUGAACUUGAAAAUCAAACCUCAUUUGUGUUAUGUGUCUUUGUAAACUAUUGUAAAUAGCAGAUCAAUGCCAAUGUUCAGAGAAAAAGAGUAAUAUUUUGCUGUAUGGAUUUUUGUUGUUGUUGUUGUUGUUCUCCUGAACAGUAUUGUAAGGAUCACUUACCAUUUCCAUGACUUUUUGUUAGCACACUUACUCAUUACAGCUGUCCGUGUUUCCUGGUCACUAUUUUUGGAACUGGCUAAAAGGCUUGCAGAAAGGCUGCCUGUCUGCCUGUGCUGGAGAAAACUGGUCGUGUUGUCUAAGAACUUUACAAAUAGACAGAGGAUCUCAUUUGUCAAACUGUACCUAUAGUGCACCAGACACUUUCACUGUGGUUAUACAUAGCUCAUUGUUUGAUCUGGUUCACGACACUGCUGUUUUAAUCAGAUUUUAAUAUUUUUAAAUUGUCUUGAAUAUGCUUGCAUCCUCCAGAUUGUAAGAUUGUACUGUACCUUAAUUCCCCAAGACUAUUGAGUGGAUUUUUAGUCUGUGAUAGUCAGAAUAUGAGACUAGUAUUGGAAAUAACUUCAGAUACAAAUUAUUUGGUGAAUUAUGGAGAGUGCCACAAAAUAACAGAAUUUAUUUCAAGUAUUAAAAACAAGAUGUGCAUGUUAUAUGCGUAAAGUGUAACUUCUUGAAUAGUUAGCACUGUAAAUAGUUUAAAGAGUUUAAGUGUUCAAGGUGCCUUUUUAAUUGUUUCAAGCUCCUUUAAUUGACUAAGACUGCAAAGCCACUGCAAGUUUAAUAACCCAUAACUACAAGCAAGACUGCCCCUUAAAGGGAACCUAUUGGCUUAACCAAUAUUCCUUUUUUUUAUUCCUUUUAAAGUCAGUUGAGACAUUAAAAACGAUCUUCUAUUAUUUCCAGUAAUUCUUUCUCCUGCCCUUCCAUUAUUUUUAGCUGCUGUAUAUUUUGUAGGUAAAUGUGUAUAAAAUAAAGUCGUCCUAUAAACAGAC